UUUGAAAUUUUGACUGUCAAUCAAUCUGACAGCCAAAUGUCCAUAAAGAUGAAAUGAUGAGUGUUAACCUAGCAAAUAGAUUUUUCCGAAAUUCUUCCAGUUAUAAUACUCUGAUAAAAUCGCCUUUGUUAAGAAAUGUAACGGGAUGCAGAAGAGUACCUCAGACUUGCAAAUGUACAACACUCGCCAACAUAACCUCCAAAAAAUGGUUCACGUACAAUGGAAGAUGUAUUGCAUUCAUCCAGAAAAAGUUUUAUUGCGAGGAAUCCUCUAGCCCACCGUCUAACAAACUGCCUCCUUUGAUGCCGGAUGUACCAAAAAUUGUAUGGCCUUCGUUGCUGAAGUCGAUAAGGAAUUUUAUAUUAGCUACAUUUAUCAUUAGACCUUACUUUGAUAAUGAUUUUUCGUUGUCAGAGUUUGUGCUUGGGUCGAAAAAGGCUGUGGAGGUAGUAUCUAAAAACUUGUCAGAAGGAAAUAUGGAAGCUUUGGAGGGACUAGUAACAAAAGAUAUAAUCCCAAUAUUACAAAAAAGUUUGCCUCUUCUUUCUCUGAGUCAAAGAGAAUUAGUGGCAAUAGCUGAAGAUGAUAUCUACUUUUGUUUUCCAUACCAAGUAGGAAUAAUAUUCAAUGAAGAGGAAGGCAAAGAACAAAAACGUUUUGUAGAAAUAACAAUGGUAUAUCACACUUUGAAAGGCUUGGAUAGUAUGAGAUCUAAAGGGGAGGAACCCCCUGUAAACAUGGGAAUGCUACCAGAAUAUCAACAGAAGAUCUCCAUUAGCAAUUACAGAUUCAUAAGGGAGUUCACCAAAGGAGUUGAAGAUAGUUGGACUAUAAAUCUGUUGAAUCACUUCAGACCUAUUGAUGAUGAGCAACAAUCUAAAUAGCUAAUUUUUGUAAAUAAAUUGUAAAAUGUCUCAAAAUCGAGGUCUUAUUGAAAGUCUUUUCUUUAAAUUACCACCAAUUACUCUCAAUGACACACUACUACUUUUUUAAAUAUAUGAACAUGUUUUUUUUACUGUGGUUACUACAUUUGGGUGGAAGGGUUUAUAAGGAUAUUAUACCUCAGGUAUUUUGAUAUAUGAAACAGUUGCUCUUACUCAUAGUAAUAAUUAUUGUUCUAUUUAUUUGCAUAUUGAAUAUAAAAUAUUAGGAUAUUGAAAGAGUAGAUUGGAAAAUAGCUGAAAAUGUUUAUGUUAAAUCCUCAUUGUUUGACCUUAAUAUUUCGAAUUUUUGAAAAUGUUUUAUAUUAUCUAUUACAGUAGUACUUAAAAAUUGUCUGAAAAUAUCAUCUGAAACAAUAGGUGUAUGAACAGUGCAUUUUUACUAAAUAUACAUUUCUACUGCAAAUUAAAAGAAAAAAUAGCACUUUAUAUUGUUUCCCCAAUUCCCAAAAGUGAAUAUGAUUUUUUUAAGAUUAUUAUAAUUUGCUAGGUUAUAAAAUAUUACUGCCCAUAGCAAAAAAGUAUUUUGAGCUUUUGUAUGCACAACUAUUGCUUAUUCUCUAAGUAUGCAUUUUGAGGAUGGUAGUCAGGUUUACAAAAUCUCCCAGUGUUUUGAAGGGUUCAAAUUGAUUCGCGUUAAUUUUGUUUUAGCUUAGUUGAACCCAUAAAAUGUUGUAAUUUCUGCCAGCGUAUUGUUUAAAUUUUGUCAAAAAUCACAAAAGCUAGUAAAUGUUUUCGAGUUAAUUAUGUGGUUUAUUUAACGAGAUGAUGCGCGAAAUGAAUCUUUCCAAAAAAAAUCAGACUUAAAAUGAUGA